AUGUCCCGGUACACGCCGGCAGCACGGCCGCUCGUGCAAUGCCUGCGGGCCGGUGGCCGUCGCAGCGAACAAGUCAGUCUCGUCCUCCGACCAGCCGCUGCUGUUGCUGCCACGCAGUCCUCGACGCAGGCUCUCUUCUCGACGUCGACUCGCCAAUUGACUCCCACCACCUCCUCUACUUCUUCUUCGUCGUCCUCCUCCUCAGCCACACCGCCCCCGCCGCCACCACGACGAUUCGAAGACCUUGAGGGCUGGCAGCAAGAUCCCAAUCUGACCACGCUGCCCUGGGCCGAGCGAGAGCUCAUGCGCCGCGGCACGCCGCCCGUUGGCUCGCGGCGGCGGCGUGCGGCCCUGCAGACGACCACGGCCUUGAACCGUGCCAAGGCCGGCAACGACACGCUUGCUGGCCAGGACGGCGGGCCAGUGCCCUUUGAGCUGAUGCCGUACCAGUGCUUCCAGGAGGCCCGCAAGGUGCUGCGGGCGGACCGCGAGGAGAAGCUGCGCCAGAUUGCCGCCGAGACGGCCAAGAUCCGCAAGCUCGAAGAGGUCCUGGCGGCCGGCGACCCGUCCAAGGUCACGUCGCGCGGCGGCACGGCCUACCUGCAGAAGCGCCUGGGCAGCCUGCGCAGGCAUCUCGAGCACCUCAAGGUGCUGGCCGACAUCAACGACCCGCUCGUCAAGCGCCGCUUCGAGGACGGCCUCGGCGACAUGAACAAGCCCAUCUACCGCUACCUCGCCCAGGAGCGCUGGCGCGGCCGUCCCCUGCGGCUCAUCCAGCAGCGCAUCCAGCAGUUCCACCUGGCCCCCGAUCUGCUGCCCCCCAGCCAGAUCCACCCGUCCGCCGACGUCGAGCUCUUCUUCCGCACCUACAAGGUCGCCCACGGCGCCAUCGUCGACAGCUUGAUCUCCGAGGUCACGCCGCGCCUGCGCAUCCAGGUCUUUGACCGCGGCACCCGCCUGGUGUCGGUCGUCGUCGUCGACCCUGAUGUGCCCGACCUGACGUCCGACGGCUUCUCGCGCCGCGUCCACUUUCUGGCCACCAACAUCCCCGUCGCGCCCGCCGACCCCUCGGUCCCGCUCGCCCGCCUCGACCCCGCCAGCCAGGUCGUCCUGCCCUGGCUGCCGGCCUUUGCGCAAAAGGGCUCUGGCCCGCACCGCCUGGCCGUCUUUGUCCUCGAGCAGCCGCCCGUCGACGCCGAGUCCUUUGACAAGAACAGCAGCCGCAUCGACACCGCCGCGCUGCAAAAGGCCUUUGCGAGCGACCCGGCCUCGGCCAUUGCCGCCGGCGCCGACUCCUCCUCGUCGUCGUUGUCGCCCACGGCCAACCGCGACAACUUUUCCCUUCGCAGCUUCGUCGACAAGCACGACCUGACAGUCGUCGGCUGCACGCUGUUCCGCACCCAGUGGGACGCCGGCACCGAGGGCGUCAUGGAGCGCCUCGGUGUCCCCGGCGCCGACCUCGAGCUCAAGGCCACGCGCCUGCCGUCGCUCAAGCCGCCGCGCAAAGCCCGCGGCUGGGAGGCCAAGCACCAGGGCCCCAAGUACCGUCACCUGUGGAAGUACACCCACCGCAUUGCCACGCCGCGCCGCAAGUUUGUGCGUUAA